AAGGUUAAAGGAAUUGGGGGAUGCCCGGUUCCCACUGUUUCAGCCCGCCGUGGGGUCUCCGAUUGCGUGCCGGAAUUAGUUCAGUGGGCUGCUUGGAGUCCAAGUGCGCUUCCUUGGGCUCUUACGUCAUGCUCGCUCAGCGGCAGGGUCCAAAGGUCCUUGACUCAGCAAUCCUCACUCCCAUUGGGCGUCGCUGUCUAGAUCAGCCAAUCAGCGUCCGUGACGCUCCCAGUUAUGAAUUGACUGGAGAGGGAGUCAGAACCCGCCUGCUUCCUUAAGUAUGUGGGAGCCGCGACCCCUCCUGCUGCUGCUUUUGGGGGCCCUGGCCCUGACCCAGACCCGGGCGGGCCCCCACUCCCUCUGGUACUUCUCCACCGCCGUGUCCCGGCCCGGCGGGGAGCCCCGCUUCAUCGCCGUCGGCUACGUGGACGACACGCAGUUCGUGCGCUUCGACAGCGACUCGGCGAGUCCGAGGAUGGAGCCGCGGGCGCCGUGGGUGGAGCAGGAGGGACCCGAGUACUGGGAGGGGGAGACGCGGAAAGUCAAGGACGCCGCACAGACUUUCCGAGGGAGCCUGAACACCGCGCUCGGCUACUACAACCAGAGCGAGGCGGACUCUCACACCAUCCAGUGGAUGUACGGCUGCGACGUGGGGUCCGACGGGCGCCUCCUGCGCGGGUACAGUCAAUACUCCUACGACGGCGCCGACUACGUCGCCCUGAACGAGGACCUGCGCUCCUGGACGGCGGCGGCGGGCACGCAGGCUUGGAGAACCCAGCGCAAGUGGGAGCAGUGGGGUGAGGUUGAGUACCGCAGGAACUACCUGGAGAACAUCUGCGUGGAGUGGCUCCUCAGAUACCUGGAGAACGGGAAGGACACGCUGCUGCGCGCAGAAGCCCCCAGAAGCCACAUCACCCGCCACCCCUUCUCUGACCGGGAGGUCACCCUGAGGUGCUGGGCCCUGGGCUUCUACCCUGCCGACAUCACCCUGACCUGGCAGCGUGAUGGGGAGGACCUGACCCAGCACACAGAGCUGGUGGAGACCAGGCCUGCAGGGGAUGGAACCUUCCAGAAGUGGGCGGCUGUGGUGGUGCCUUCUGGAGAGGAGCAGAGAUACACGUGCCGUGUGCAGCACCAGGGGCUGCCGGAGCCUGUCACCCUGAGAUGGGAGCCCCCUUCUCAGCCCACCAUCCUCACUGUGGGCAUCAUUGUCGGCCUGGCUCUCCUCGGGGCUGUGGUCACUGGAGCUGUGGUGGCAGCUGUGAUCAGCAGGAGGAAGCGCUCAGUGUUCAGAGUUCUGAUGCCUCCCAGGGUUUCCGGGCCUAGAGAGCUGCUCUGUGGGCUCAGGACCCAGUGCUCUCCCCGACCUUGCCUCGGCUGUUUCCUUCCGCAGGUGAGGAAGGAGGACAGUACACUCAGGCUGCAAACAGCGACAGUGCCCAGGACUCUGAUGAGUCUCUCUCGAACCCUAGAGUGUGAGACAGCUGCCCCUCUGGGUUCCUCACAUUCCAAAGUUGUGACCCAAUAACUGCUGAUUUGGGGCUGGAGUGAUAGCACAGCGCGUAGGGCAUUUGCCUUGCAUGCAGCCAACCUGGGUUCGAUUCCCAGCGUCCCAUAUGGUCCCCUGAGCACCGCCUGGAGUAAUUCCUGAGUGCAGAGCCAGGAGUAACUCCUGAGCAUCACCAGGUGUGACCCAAAAAGAAAAAAAAAAAGAACUGCUGAUUCUCCUUCUGCCCUGGGACCUGAGUGUGUCUGUGUCCUGUCACACACUGUGAGGGGGGAGACUGGCAAACCCCUGCCCACCAGACCCUCCACACUGACCUGCGUUCUCUCCCUGAUGCUCUGGGCUGUGCCAGCAGAGACAGGACUCAGCUGUCUCCAUCUGUGUUAGCUUCUUGUUUUCCUGAAUAAUGUUUCUCCCUUACUGAAACCAGCAUCUGAUUUGCAUUUUUCUAAUUCCUGUUUUGUGGGGUUGAGGGUUAAUAAAGGAAAUCCCUGAAAUUUGAGUAGAAAAAAAUAAAAAUCUUGAGACUUUC